AUGGAAACACCAUUAUGUCACCAGCAUUACGAUGAAUCAACGAUACUUACACCACACGCACAUAUGGAGAGAUCGGAUAGAGUAGGAUGCUGCGAGACCCAAUGCAAAGAACAAAACAAGAAGAACUUCGUAAAGGAAUUAUGGAUUUAUGGAGAGCCUGACAACGUUUAUAUGCACUUAGUUCAAGUGAAGUUAGUUGUUGACAUUUCAGAUGAUAUCUUGCCAUUCCUCCUUACUUAUUCUUAUGCGGGCGUCAAGCAACGUCAAAAUGAUAUCGAAAUAGUUUUACAAAAUCAACACUUCAUCUUGCAAGAACAUAUUGAUAAUAGCCUCUUUGAGAUCUGCCAAUACAAAUCACACCAUAAUCCUACUCGGCUUCUAUCUUGUAAGACGAUCCUAUUCAUUCUGAGGUUAUCUUGA